GACAAUAGCCAUGGUACGUGUGUUCUUUUAUUUAUCUUCAUACAGGUCGUACAUCUUGGUUCCCAAGAGCGAAUAGUUUAUUAUGUUAAUAACGAUUACACUUUUAACCGUAUUUUUCAAAUGCAUUUAUGGCACGGAAGCGCCAGGACAAUGGUACGAGAACUUACCGGCAGUAGCAAUGGAUUAUAAAGUGCACAUAGAUCCUGGAAAAGAAGAUUGUUACUUUCAAUAUGUUAACCCGGGAGCAACGUUUUAUGUUAGUUUUCAGGUAGUUCGUGGUGGGGAUGGUAUGGCAGGGUUUGCUGUUAGGAAUCCGGCAAAUACUAUAGUUCACCCGUAUCAGUGGAAACCAAACAGUGAAUAUCAAGAACAGUCAUCUCCCGGUGGCUAUUAUUCAGUGUGUAUAGAUAAUCAGUUUUCUAGAUUUGCUGGGAAAUUAGUGAAUAUCUACAUUACUGUCGUAAGAUAUGAUCUGUGGUCACAAUACACAAAAGAUGUUGAAGAACUCAAUCUAAAUAUGGAAAAUUUCACGUCAUCCAUCAUGGAAGUGGAGAGAAACAUAAAUCAUAUGCUGCAAUUUCAACACCAUUCAAGAGGCAGAGAGGCUUGGGAUUAUAAUCUGUUACAAGGAAAUAAUUCAUAUGUUGUACGAUGGUCUCUAAUUCAAAUUGUGGUUAUAAUAGCAACAGUUUGUAUUCAAGUAUAUUUUGUAAGAAAACUAUUUGAUACAAAUGGGAGCAACAAAAGAUCUCGAAUUUGAAAUUAUUUAUAUAAAUAAAAUAUGCGGCAGUUUUUUAUAUAUUUUUUUAAUGUUAUCAAUAAUUAUGUUUUGCGAAAAUAAAGUUUACGUUUUUUCUAUCUUGCAUCAGGCGUCUUUAUUUUAAUGCAUUAUUUUUUUUUUUUCAUUUUCAAACUACCGAUAUUAUGUAGUCUGGAUUGAAUACAACUUGUGCAGACCAU